AUUCAAAAACAGAAAAAGUAGCACAAUCAUUAUUAGAUUCAAUUGAUCAAACAUUUUAUAUAACAACAAAUUUUUUGGCAGAUAUUCUUGGAAACUUAAAACGAUUGACAUUAAGUUUUCAAUUAGAACAUAUUUCUCUUACAGAAAUUAAGCUACAAAUUGCAACUGUUAUUCAAAUGAUUAAUGAAAGUUUUAUUGGAACUGAAAAUUUUUCACCAACCUGGGGCUAUCAUUUACGUACAUAUCUUCAAACUAAUGAUCUUGCUUCAGAAGAUAUUCCAGAUUUUAUACAACAAUUUGCAAUUGCAACAAUUGAAAAUCUUAAUAGACGAUUUCCUAAUCGUAAAAUUUUAAAUGCUUUUAGUAUUUUUGAUCCACAAAAUUUAUUAGAAAAAGAAUCAUUAUUGGAUUAUAGAAAUGAUGAAAUUUAUAUUCUUGCUAAUUAUUAUGGAAAAGAAAAAACUAGUAAAG